UUCAAUUCAACCCAAACCCCUUUCAAUCUUUGCAUGAGUUCAUGUGCCUUUCUCCUCACUCCUUUCAUUAGCUUACCUUUCUGCCUUUCUCCUCCUCCUUUCCUUCCUCAAUUUUAGCCUUUUCCACACCACGGCCACAAAAGGUCUUCCUGGUUAGCGUGUGCAUUUUUUUUUUUCCUUGACAAGCUAAGGUCUAAGCUAUGCCGGCGAGACAUAUGUACGUUAUCAGGAGAGAAAGGCUGAACUAGCUUAGCUGGGAGCCGGUGGAGGAGAUGGGAGUAGUUACCGUAGGUGAGCUGAAGCCAAGCAUAUCAGGAAAGAGAUCAUUCCGCCCCAGUUCCAGUGCAAGACAUGUAACCGAAUGGCCUAUAUCAGAUGUUUCUAGUGAUCUUACAAUCGAAGUCAGCGCAACAACUUUUUCGCUUCACAAGUUCCCUCUAGUUUCUCGAAGUGGUAGAAUAAGGAAAUUGUUGCUAGAAGCCAAGGAUUCGAAAAUUUCAAGACUGAACCUCCAUGGCAUUCCUGGUGGAUCAGAAGCAUUUGAGCUGGCUGCAAAAUUCUGUUAUGGAGUGAACACUGAGAUUACCGUAUCAAAUGUUGCCAUGCUGCGAUGUGUAGCCCAUUUUUUGGAAAUGACAGAAGAAUUUUCUGAGAAGAACUUGGAAACCCGAGUUGAAGUAUAUCUGAGGGAUUCCGUGUUCCCAAACAUUUCCAACUCUGUAUCUGUACUUCACAACUGUGAAAGCCUCCUACCGAUCUCAGAGGAAGUUAACCUGGUUAGCAGGCUAAUUAAUGCAAUUGCAAACAAUGCUUGUAAAGAGCAGCUAACCUCAGGCUUAUCCAAGCUGGAAUAUAACUUCCCUUCAAAACCAAUCCAAAACAUGGAGGCUGAAACACCGUCAGACUGGUGGGGGAAGUCUCUCACAGUGCUGAAUCUUGAUUUCUUCCAAAGAGUUCUGUCAGCAGUUAAGACAAAGGGUCUGAAACCGGACAUAAUUAGCAGGAUUUUAAUUAACUAUGCCCAGAACUCCCUUCAAGGGCUCAUCGUAAGGGAUCCUCAACUCACUAAAGGUACUUUCUUGGAUCCAGACUUGCAGAAGAAACAAAGGAUUACUGUUGAAACAAUAGCAAGUUUACUGCCAACACAGUCAAGGAAAAGUGUGGUUCCAAUGGCAUUUCUUUCAAGUUUGUUAAAAUCUGCAAUAGCGUCUUUAGCAUCUACGUCGUGCAGAUCUGAUCUAGAGAGGCGGAUCGGCCUGCAGCUAGAUCAGGCAAUUCUUGAGGAUAUUCUGAUUCCUGCACAUUCACAUGGAAACAACCACACACCGUUGUACGACACUGAGUCAGUCUUGAGGAUUUUCUCUUUUUUCUUGAAUCUGGACGAGGAUGACGAAGAGGAUCAUCAAAUGAGGGAUGAAAGUGAAAUGGUGUACGACUUUGACAGCCCAGGAUCACCUAAACAAAGCUCAAUAUUUAAGGUGUCAAAAUUGUUGGACAAUUAUCUUGCAGAGGUUGCACUAGAUUCAAACUUUACAGCGUCGAAGUUUAUAGCAUUGGCAGAGUUGCUUCCAGAUCACGCUCGUGUGGUCUAUGAUGGAUUAUAUCGUGCUGUUGACAUAUUUCUCAAGGUUCACCCCAACAUCAAGGACUCUGAAAGGUACAGGCUAUGCAAGACAAUCGACUGUCAGAAACUGUCUCAAGAAGCUUGCAGCCAUGCGGCUCAGAAUGAACGGUUGCCCGUGCAGAUGGCAGUUCAGGUGCUGUAUUUUGAGCAAAUCAGGCUGCGGAAUGCAAUGAAUGGAGGCCAUAAUCAAUUGUUUUUUGGGUCGAUGAUGAACGGUCAAUUCCCUCAGCGAUCAGGCAGCGGCGCAGGAAGCGGAUGCAUCUCACCAAGAGACAACUACGCAUCAGUCAGAAGAGAAAACAGAGAAUUGAAGCUUGAAGUGGCAAGAAUGAGGAUGAGGCUAACAGAUUUGGAGAAAGAUCACGUUUCCAUGAAACAGGAGCUGGUUAGAUCUCACCCCACCAACAAGUUAUUCAAAUCUUUCACCAAGAAGUUAAGCAAGCUAAAUUCAUUAUUCCGGAUUAUUGACAUAAAGCCUAUUGGAGGCAAAGCUCAUUCAGAAACGCGAUUUCCUUUCCAAAGGAGAAGGCGUCACUCUGUCUCAUGAGUCGUAACCGUGAAAGCGUGGAUGAUAUACUCUGUAUAGAUCGGCUUUGUGAUUUUUGUUUGGUAGUCGUGAGCCCUUUCUUUUUCCUUUUCUAUAUAGAAUCUUGAAAAAAAGGAUACACCCAAACAAACUAUGUAUUAUUCCUGUUGUAUUCUGAGGUGUGUGAGAGAGUUUUCAUGAGAUGUAAAAAUUAAUUAUAUUUCCAGUUUGGGUUCUUCAAUAUUU